GCUCGAGUAAUGGCGGGUGUUUGAGUGAGUUGUUUCAGCGAGUCGACAGAAAACCAGCCGGGAGUUGACAGUGGGGUUUACUAACAUCAUACAGAGGAAUUGCAGUCAGGAUGACCACCCCGAGGAACAAGACAAAGAAAGUUCCGACUAAGCUUGCGAUCACAAGCGAUGACAGCAAAAUCCUGGGUCGGACCACCUCGCUGAGGAGAGAGAAGACGACCAAUGACAAAGUGGGUACGCUGAAGAUGAGGACGUACAGCAGUGCCUGGACCCCCGUCGUACACAAGCCCUCCAAUGAACAGAUUUUCAAAGAGAGAAGAGAUCUUGUUUCACACUGGUAUGAUCUGUGGACUGACUCGCAGAGGAAGCGAUUUCUCGACAUCAUCUUCCAUCAGUGUAAACGGCCACAGAAGAAGUUUGUCCAGGACUGGUUCCGCGAGUAUGUUCCCUUGCAGCACCUUGACUUCACCUCCGUCCUUCCCAGAAUCCUGUCUGUGUACAUCUUCUCCUUCCUGGAACCCAAGAGUCUUUCCCGUGCGGCCCAGGUGUCCUGGCAUUGGAAGUUCCUCAGUGAACAGGACGAGGUCUGGGCAGGCAAGUGUCUCAAGUACGGCUGGUUCCUGCCCUACACAGCGGCUGACAACGAGUAUGGGGCGUGGAAGAAACACUACAUCGCCUGUGUCCAGACGCUUGACUACGUCUCAGGGAGUGGAAUGGAUGACCUCUACGGCACAAGGUCAGAUGGUUCCCGCUGGCAGAACAAGAAGAAGAAUAUCCGAACGAAGCCUAACCGACUUGACUCUUCAGACAGUCGUCGGUUGAUGGAUGUGCGACCGCCAUGGCAGGGACCAGAUUACAAUCCCCAGGAUCUACACAAGUCACACAUUGCCAUGGUAACCGAGAAGAAUCCCAAUGACCCUGACCUUCCCAAGUCAUCAUUAGUCCUCCAUAACCGGUGGGGCAUCAUUCGCAAACAACAUGAAAAUUCUGUGUCAAAGUCGCUGGACUUUGAGAUUGGUCUUGACACGAGUCGGAGGAGAGAACGACAUCGACUUAUUUCUGGAGAGGAAUAUGAUCCUCGGAGCGUCAACAACCGCACCCUGACCGAAUGUAUCCACUUGGAGAAUAUUGCAGAGACGAGGUUCCGGGAACUGGUAGAGACAAAUGGCCUUCCGCCGAACAGGACGGCCAUCAGGAGAUCUGACUUGUCAGGAGGCGGAAGGUAUCCCACCCCGUACAACCAGGUGACCACACUGCCCCCUGGUGGCAGCCAGGUGACGGCAACACCGCGCAUCAUCUUCAUCUCCUCCCGAGUCCCAGCAGCAGAGCUGCUGCUUGAUGCCGUCAUGUUUGGUGUGAUCCCGAUCGUGUACGAGUAUGAAGGGACGAGCACAGAGACGCUGAUGCAUCAGAUCGAGAAGGUUCUACAGGGCAGGAAUGCUCAGAGCGUGGGCCUGUUUACUCAUUCGGAUGAGCCAGGCGACAUCCGUCUCGUCCAUGGCUGCACCGUCAACAUCAACAACUACGAUGCCUCCGAGUCGUGCGAGUUCUUUGAAAGCGUGACCAAUCACAUCCUCCCAGCCAACAUGGGGGGACAGCUGGAUGUGUUUGUCCCUCUGGCUGCAUCAGAGGCUGGGAUGGAGCUGAUGGUGCAGCUGAGUGUCCUCACGGGGAUGCAGUUCUCCUCACCAACCGGGAUCAUCGGCUCCUACAACCACGUGAACACAGAGUGGCUGAUACCAUAUAAGGACGGCCAGCCCACAGAGAAGUAUUUCUGUCCAAGCAAGCUCCGUGUGUGGGCAAAUGUGGCCGAUCAGGCCCUGGAAGCAAUCACAGACUGUCAGCAGAUCAUGGCGCCUUACUUUGAGAAAGCCCAUCGGGACAUUGCCGCUCAGCUCACUGGCCAGGUUGUGUUUGACGCACUGGGUCAGGCUGACAUCCAGGGGACCCACUCCAUCACCCAGGCCCUCACUGACGGACUUGUCGCCCUCGGCAGUCAGAGCAAUGUUCAUCCUCUGGAGUUUCUGGGUCAGUUUCUUCUCGAGCAGGCAGGGGUCACUGAGAUCUCCAUGACAACAAGGGCUGAUAAUCUAAGACAGACACGGCAGACAGAGCGGCAGGGUCGGGACAACAUCCCGGGGCGCGAGGGAGGCGGGGCCGACUCCUCCCUGGACCGUGAGGUGGAACACAUCACCAGUGACCACUCCCAGCAGGAGGAGGAGGAGGAGAAGGAGGACCGCGGGGAGAGAGAUGACCUGCAGAUGGACUCAGCGGAGAAGUAUGACAGUCAGGAGAAGAUUUCCAAGGACGAGAAGAACAUGCUGAGGCAACAGUCAGUGAGCAACUCGACGAUGGAGAGGAAGACCGUCACCCUCAAGACACAGGACCUCAGGAACAAGUUUGGCACAAUGACGACCGGCACCCUUCGAGCAACCAAGUCCCAGCGGCUGACAUCCCAGCAAUAUACUGAGCAUCCUGAGAAGCGGACUCCGAUAGCUUUUGAGAUCCUCACCAGUGAGAUGGAGUACAACCGCAUGUUGAGGGCUGUCAGAGAUGUGUACUACAAGCCUCUCAAGUCCGCUCUCACUGCCAACAGGGCGAUCAUCAGCAGCCAGAAUCUGCAUGUCAUCUUCACAGAUAUCAUGGCCAUUCUCACCAUCAGCAGACAGCUGACUGAGGAUCUGAAGAACCGCCUGGCAGACUGGACGUACCAGCAUACAUGCAUCGGCGACAUCUUCGUCAAGUUCUGCUUACAGCUCAAGGCAUACACCAACUUCAUCAACAACAACGAAGUCAUCCUCGGUGCAAUCGAGCGCUGCAAGGAGCAGACGCCAGCAUUCCGCGCGUACCUCCUUCGUCACCAGCACCUCCCCGAGACAAAGAUGCUGACGCUCCAGGAGCUCCUGCUGCAGCCAAGUCGUCGCAUCUCGGAGUAUGUCACUCUGCUCAGCUGGUUCGAACUCCACACGCCACGCAACCACGCUGACCGCGAGGACCUGGCCAACGCCAUUGCCACCAUGCGGGAGCUGGAUCGCGGCAUCAAGGAGUGCAAGCGCCGUGUACAGAGGGAGCGACAACUUGUCACGCUGCAGAAGAGAAUCAUCAACUGUCCGGCACUUCUGGAAGCCAACCGCUACCUCAUCAAACACCAGGAUGUGGCGCACCUCAAACCCCCAGCAGAGGACUCUGUCGUGCCAGAACUUAGAGCGUACCAGCACACGCAGAUGCUCGGCCUGUACCUGUACAACGACGCCCUGGUGGUGACACGACGCACAUCCAAGCACUUCCCGUUCUCCCGCGCAGUGGAAUACACAUACAAGUUUGAAGCUAGCGUGGGACUGACUCGCCUUUCCGUCUCGGAAAUCCCCGACUCCAAAUAUGUGAAGAAUGGCUUUAAGAUGUCUACCCCAAAGCGUGAAUGGGCCUGUUCCACAGAGAGCUCAGAACAAAGGCUGAACUGGAUCAGUCUAUUGGAGCAGGCAAUCAGAGGGGGGUUGGAACACUGAUCAUAUGGUGUUGUGUUGUCAAGUCAAAAGUCAAAGUACAGCUUUAAUUUUCAAAUAUUUUCCAUAUAAAUUGUUAUAUAACGGCAUUAAAGAUGGCCGUUGACAGCAAAUAUUGUAUACAAUAUCCUCUGUCCCAUGUGUAAUUUCACUAAGGCAGUUUUAUUCUACAGGUAAUUUUACUUGACAUUUAACAGAUUUACCAUUGCUUGUAGUUUAUGCAGGGAAAGUGUCUUAGUACCUCUGCACUACCCUCAAUAAUGUUAACACAAAGGCAGACAUUCCCAAAUUUACAUUUCCCUGAACGAACCUGCUCACUAAGGGACAACCAUUUUAUAUUCUUGGGGGAGGUGAGGAUGGGAUUGUUUUGAAAAUAAUAACCUGUUACCGAAAAUUCUGAAAAAAAUAAUUUGUCUUUAUGUUUUUUACAAAAGAAGAAUUUCUUCAUUUGUACGUAAGGGAUGUAUUGAAAAUUAUGAUGUAGUUUUCUUACUCCUACUAUCAGAGAUAACAAAUAGUGUGUUGAAUUGAAGACAUAUUCUGUCUCAAACAAGCUGGGAGGAUCUAGUUGUCUCCCCUGUGUAUAUGGAGUGGAUUGGAGUCUUCGCUUCAGAUUAUACUUAGUUGGGAAUGUUUAUUUGACUUUCGACGUUGAACAGGCCUGGAUCUCCAUUGACACACAAGUGGUCGCCACAUUCUGUCAAUUUUUUCAAUAUGUCUCUUAUAAACCGUGCAUCGAUACUGAAUGUGACUGGUGACACAUUGAGCAGGUUUGCUAUUGAAGGCAACCACUACCCG